CCCCGUCCCUCCGUCCCUCCGUCCCCAACCCCGGCCCCGGGGGUGCAGCGCCGGGCAGCGAUGAGACGGGACGAAGGCUGCGCCGCGUUUGGGAACGUCUUCACCGAGGUGGCGGAGAACAGCGCCCACGGCACCGUGGUGGCGCGGCUGCCCCCCGGCGGGGGGGGCGUUGGGGGGCCCGGCCUGCAGCUGUGCCUGGAGGGCGCCGACGCCGCCUGGUUCUACCUGGAUGGGAGCAGCGUGAGGCUGAACGCCUCCAACGGGCGCAGCCUGGACCGCGAGGAGUUGGAGUCCCCAGUGCUGAUGGUGGCCCUGAUCUGCGCUGAGGACGGCUCUGCUCCGGUGGAGUACCGGGUCAUCGUGCAGGUCCUCAACGAGAACGACAACCGACCGCACUUCCGGGGGGACCCCAUCCUCACCCACAACGUCAGCGAGCUGGUGGCCGUGCACUCGGUGGUGUUCAGCACUCAGGCGGAGGACGCGGAUGGGGACACUCUGAUGUACGUCAUCGACGGCGCCUCGCCCGACGCGCGCUUCUUCCGCAUCGACCUCCCCAACAGCGGCCGCGUGGUGCUGGCGCGGCCAUUGGACUUCGAGAGCAGACAGAGCCUGGAGGUGGUGGUGACCGCCGUGGAGAUGAACACGAAGGAGCGUUUCAAUGCGUCCAGGCGUGUCCGUGUCCGCGUUCAGGACGGGGACGAUCAGUACCCCCAAUUCCUGCCCUGCGCGCCCCCCCCCGCCCCACACCUCUGCCUCAGCCCCACAUACACCGCCAACAUCACCCAGGGGGAGCUGCCGGGCGCCCCGUUGCGGUUCAGCCCCGCCUCCAUUCACGCUGAGGACGGCGACGCGGAGCUGAGGGCGCCCAUUACGUAUUCACUGCUGCCCGGUGAGGGGGGGGGCAACGAUUAA